AUGCUUGGCCCUAUGAUGUCCAUGCCAAUGGUUAAUGGUCCCGAAAGACUCGAAGAUAAUCUCUAUGCUCACGCUUCUGAUACUGUUCACGUAUUUAAUGAAAAGAAGCCGGAGGACAUACAAAUUGAAACAAUGCAAACUAUGCAACCGCCACCCCCAGCCAAACUCGUGGAAAAUCCAACAGUACCUCACAAGCAACCAUUCCAUGUAAACUCACAGGUCUCAAAUAAAAUGCCAGCCUUGUACACGCAUGGACCCUAUUUACACAAUCGUUUUACCACACCGAUACCAACAACUAUAGAAGAGUAUUCAGAAACCGCCAAACAAACGACUGAAAUGCCUACUGUGCCAAUGUAUCUCAUAAUACAAGGUCACUCCAAAGUUAAAACCUAUAGUUCAAAACCAAAAGCUUCUGUUGGCAAAGAAACAGCAAAUAAUGAAAUUUCCAAAUCUUUAGAAACUAAUGAAGUUAAACAUUUACACCCUAAAACUAAAAAAUCUGCGAAAAAAUUGGAUUUAACAGACGCAAGUCGAACUAACAAAGCUAAAAAUUUAAAAACAUUAGUAGACAGUGGUCUGGGAUCUAUAGAAAUACAAGAAACCGAUCUAGGAAUAAAAUACGAUGUUAGUGAUGGUAGUGAUGUACCAAUAGAAAUAUAUCGGAAGGGUAUUGUAGACAAUGAUGAAAAUGAUUACUCUACUGCUAGAAAAAUAAGUAAAGAGAUAAGAACGAAGCGUCAAAUUGACCUCGAAGACUUAUUGCCCUUUGAUGAAGAAACUAUUGAUGAAUUCGUUUAUAACUUUUUAGAAGGUAAAAAAAAUGAAACAAGUGUUACUGGAUUAAUUGCGCAAGCUGUUACAAGUGAUGCUGCGCAGGCCAUUGAUGAACUGGAUGAAGAUGAUGAUGAUGAUGACAAUGAACAAGAAGAUGGGAGAUGA